GGGAAGAUGUCAUAUCACUCGUCUUCUCGCAGCUCUUCUCGUAACACUGAUUGCAAGGUCUAUGUUGGCGACUUGGGCAACGGUGCUGCCAAGGGUGAGCUAGAGCGGGCGUUCAGUUACUAUGGACCUUUACGCAGCGUUUGGGUGGCCAGGAACCCCCCAGGUUUCGCCUUUGUGGAGUAUGAGGAUGCCCGUGACGCAGAGGAUGCAGUUAAAGGCAUGGAUGGAAAGUGAGUAACUUUAUAUUGAUCUGCACAUUUCACAGCCCAUAAUGUUUUCGCUUCAGUUUAUAGAUAUUUUUGUUGAAGGGGUGUGUUUUCAGUUUUGUGAUAUUAAUUGUUGUAAUUCAGGCCAUAAUCUUGCAGAUGUUGCCCAGUAUUACAUUAUGUUUUCUUUCUUACCCUAUUAUCACUCAAUUCUGCCCUCUCUCCCUACCUCAGGGUGCUGUGCGGCUCUCGGAUCCGUGUGGAGCUGUCCACUGGCAUGUCACGGAAGACCAAACAUGGCCGCCCCAGCCGCCGCCACUUUGACCCUCAAGAUCGCUGCUACCAGUGUGGGGACAGGGGCCACUAUGCCUACGACUGCUACCGUUUCAGCAAGAGGGGAGGAGGAGGUCGUCGGAGCAGGUAUUCUUCUUGCCCAAUGUCUACUGGCUGCCUUUGA